UCGCCAAAGUUUGAUCACGCCGAAACUGUUUAGUUUCACCGACGAGUUGCGCAAAAUCGCGGCGCGCUUGCGCAGUGGCCGGUAGCGCAGUUGCCUGAAAGAGUCGUCGUGUAAACUAGGCUUAACAGUAGUUUGCAAAAUGGAGACAAAAAUUGAGUCUUUUCAGGACAGGAAGUUCCAUAACGGUGACAGUCCCGUUAUAUCGAGACGGAUGACAACUCUAUUACGGAGGAAAUCAACCUCAGACUAUAGAGAAAAAUGAAAGAAACGAAGUAACCUUUCAGAAGCCCAAAUUUUCUAAACAAGACAAAGGAAUGUGUUUUUAAGAUCCUGGCGUCAGAGAUAACUUACCAUAGAGAAACAAAUCAAGGAGUGAUAGCGAGAAGUUGUCACAGCUACUGCGAAGGCGGCGAUACGAAAAAUGGAUUCAGAGCGGGAGCUCUAUGAAGCUUUAAAGGAAAACUUGGAAUCAUCGGGAAGCCUACGCAAAGUGAGAGCCGAAGUAAAAUCAGAAAUAAUGAAAGUUUUCGACACUAAUCCGCAGCCACGGGAUAAACCAGAAUUGCCCGAAAGUCUACUACUUAUUAACAGUUUAAUUCAAGAAUACUUGGAAUGGAAUGGGUACAUGUAUACGUCCCAGAUUUUAGCCGACGAGUCCGGAAUGACAAGCAAGAGAUACAACAGGCAGAGUUUGCAGAAAGAACUACAGGUUUCAGAAGACGAAAAUACUCGGAAACUGCCUCUGUUAUGCAGUCUAGUAUCAACAUUCAAGGAGGGUGCAGGUAAAAUAUCGCAGUGACAUUUUGUGUGCAUGCUUAUUAAAUUAUUAGUAGGUUUGUAUUUUUUAAAGAAGAGAUUGGUGUAGCAACAAUUGUUUAAUAAACAUGUGUACAUUUCUGUGUAUUUUUACAAAAGCAAUUAAAGUAUACUUUGACAUUUA